AUGCUCUGUAUCCGGCACAUGCUUGUCCAAAACUUACAUACUGCAUGCAAAAAGUUUUUUGAUUCUGAUGAUGAUUAUAAAAAAUUAUUGCUAUCAAUUCAAAAAAUUGCUUAUGUCAAGGAGAUGAGUAUAGUCGAAGAAGCAUUUGAAGAGAAAAAGGAUUCAGAAUGUUGGAUGCAUGUUUAUACAAAACAUUAUCCUCAUAUGGGAGUCCAAUCAAUGCAACGAGCAGAAGGAAGCCAUAGCAGUUUAAAAAAAGCAAUUGAGACAGCAAGCGGGCUAGAUCAGCUACAAGAUAAAACUGCUAAAAAAAAAGAGAAAAAUACACCAAAAUUUACAACUGAUUUACCAAAAUCGCAACAGCUUUUAUAUCAUGACCAAAUACCUACCUAUAUGCAUGAACACAUAAAAAAGGUAAUUAAUGUGAAUGGAGAUGGUAAUUGUGGGUAUAGAGCACUAGCUAUAUGUUUACAAAGAGAUGAAAAUGAGUGGUCAGAGAUUCGAAAGGAAUUACAAAAAUAA